UUAGAAAAAAAAUUAAUUAAAUAUAACAAAUAGAUGUAUAAUGGGAUUCCUUCUCCAUGUAGAUCUAACAUGGAAUGGAGGGUUAUUUUGGAAAAUGUACAUAAAUCACGAAGAAUUCAAGAUUCAGAGAAAAAAUCCAGAUCAGAAGAACUGGAAAUUUUAAAAGCAAAGUUAAAACAUUUUCAUCAAGAGGUUCACAAUCUGAAAUGUGAGCUUCAAUCUACAAAACAAAAGCUUGAGAGUUACGAAGUUGUUAUAGAGGAUUUAAAAGCAAAAAAUGAACUGAAUGAAAAGAAUUUUGUUAUCAAGGAAAAAAAUCUAAAAACAACAAUUUGCAAACUAGAGUUAGAUAAUAGAAACCUUACAAAAAAGCAGAAACAUGAACAUCUUGAAGUUGAAAAAGAAUACAAAAAUGCCAUUACUCAACUGGAAAUGGAGAAAGAGCAUCUUUGUAUCUCUGUGCUGAAUUUACAAAAACUACUAAACGAAAUUAAAAAUAAAAAUGAAGACAUGGCUACUGCAAAACUAUUAACAAACUCUAAGGCAGAACUAUCUAAGCUUAGAAUAUUGUACGAAUCAAGUGAACGCGAUAGACUUUCUGAACGAAAAGAGAAACUUUCAGUGAUGCAAAACAUGAUUCAGUUAACCAAAAAGCUUUCAGAUCUAGACAAUGAACAAGAGUAUAAAAAGGCAGAGGAAUUUGCUAAUAUUAAGUAUGUUCGUUUAUUUGAAAAGUAUCAAGCUGCCAUGUUAAAAUUAAGAAGCUUUUAUGAAACUGCAGAGUAUGAGAAAAAAGAGCUAAAAAAGAAAUACUUGGACGAAAUUUGUAGUCUGAAGAUUCGUUUUGAGAAAGAAUUGAGAGACAUUUAUACAGAAAAAAUAACUGCCCAAGAAUCACUCGAACUAUUUUUAAAGAACAAUCAAUUUUGUAGCACAAUCUAUGAUGAUGUCAUUGAGGAAGAGAAUUCUAAAGAUAAACCAAAAGAAGUUAGCGGUGAAUUUAAUGUACCUGAUAAACAGAUCCUUGAUGAUUUGUUUAAUCAAUAUAGUGGGAUUUACAAAAGAUGUGAGGAAAACAGCAACUUGUUAAAAGGAAAAAAUAUAGACGGACACACUUCAGAGAUUAAUAAGAAGUCACCAGAAGAAAAUCCUGUUUUGAAAAUAGAUCAUCAAGCAGAUUGUCAAGUUGAAAUAAAAGAUCCAGCUAUAAAAGAUUUAGCUAUAAAUGAUCCAGCUAUAAAUGAUCCAGCUAUAAAAGAUCCAGCUAUAAAUGAUCCAGCUAUAAAAGAUCCAGCUAUAAAUGAUCCAGCUAUAAAUGAUCCAGCUAUAAAUGAUCUAGCUAUAAAAGAUCCAGCUAUAAAUGAUCCAGCUAUAAAAGAUCCAGCUAUAAAUGAUCUAGCUAUAAAAGAUCCAGCUAUAAAUGAUCCAGCUAUAAAAGAUCCAGCUAUAAAAGAUCCAGCUAUAAAAGAUCCAGCUAUUAAAGAUCCAGCUAUAAAUGAUCCAGCUAUAAAAGAUCCAGCUAUAAAUGAUCUUGAAAUUGCAGAAAGAGCUUUUAAAAGUCAAAUCGAAAGUCUGUUAGAUGAAAUAAAGCAUUCUUCUAUUAAGCUUCAACAAAUCACUGACGAUGUUGAUUCCUAUAAAACUGAGAUUGCUGAUUUAAGAAAAGAAAAGAAAGAUUUAGAAGAGCUAUCAAAAAGUCAACUUGCACAAAUAUUCAAUUUAAAUGAAACCAUUUCUUCUUUGACACACAAUUUAAAAAUGGCUGAAUUAUCUAUUGAAAGUUUGAACAAUCAUUCGAAGGACAUUGAGAUUUCAAGAUUAGAGACUGAUUUUAAAGAAAUGGAAGAAAAUUUUUGUAGUGCAAAAGAGUCUUGUAAAGAGUUAAACACUGAAAUUAAUGAGCAGAAGAUUCUUACUCAACAAAAAGAAAUUGAACUUGUGUUUCUUAAAAAAAAGCUAAUUGAACUGGAGCAGACAAAUGAAACAAUUGCAUUGCAACUUAAGCAUUCGGAAGAAGAGUGUGGUAUUUUACAGAAUACUUUAAAUGACAAAGAGAAUACAUUGCUAGAAUGUAAUGCCAUGCAUAUGCAUUGUAAUGAAAACCUUGAGUUGCUGAAAAAAGAAAUUACCAUUCUUGAAGUUCGUUUACAAGAAAAACUUGAUUUGUUAUCUUCUAAAGCUCUAGAAAUUGAAUUAAUUCAAACGGAACUACUUGCAACAAAGUAUCUUUUAUCAGAAGAAGAAAAAAAGUCAGAAGAGCUUGACAAAGCUCUAAAAAAGAUAGCAGAGAAUAUGGAAGAAAAAAAGACAGAAGAGUUUGUUGAAAAUCUAAAAAAGAUAUCAAAGAAUAUGGAAGAAAAAAAGAUAGAAGAGCUUGACAAAACUAUAAAUAAGGCAUCAGAGAAUAUGGAAGAAAAAAAGUCAGAAGAGCUUGACAAAAAUCUAAAAAAAAUAUCAGAGAAUAUAGAAGAAAAAAAUAUAAAAGAGUUUGACAAAACUAUAAAUAACACAUCAGAGAAUAUGGAAGAAAAAAAGUCAGAAGAUCUUGAUGAAAAUCGAAAGAAGACAUCAGAGAGUAUGGAAAAAAAAAGGACAGAAGGGCUUGACAAAAAUCUAAAAAAAAUAUCAAAGAAUAUGAAAGAAAAAAAGAGAGAAGAGCUGGACAAAACUCUAAAAAAAAUAUCAGAGAAUAUGGAAGAACAUUCUAAAAUAAACUUAGAUGAAAAUCAUAAAAAUGAAAUUGAAAGUUUUAAAGUAGAAAAUGACAUGAAAAUAAAAAACUGUUCAAAUAAGUUGCAGAUGAAUGCAGAUGAUUUGAAUAAUUCUGUUGAUGGAUUGAAAAAUGCUACUGAUAGAUUCUGUGAUAUAUCUAAUGAGUCACAGUGUAAUGCUGAUGGGUUAGCGUGUUUAAACAAUUUGAUUGUUGAUAAUGAAAUUUUUUCAAAGUAUUUAGAAGAACAAAGUUAUCUUUUAAAUAACACAAAGCUGGAGAAUCAGAAUUUAAAAAUACAGCUGCAGGAGCUUUAUGCCACUAUUAUGGUUUAUGACAAUUCACUUGAAGAGAAAAAAAAGUUUAAUGAGGAAAUGCAUGUCAGGUGGAAAACAGAAAGUAAAAUAAAAAAGGAAUUUGAACAAGAAAUCUUAUUGCUAAAGGAGCAUGUUAAAUUGUUAAACGAUGAAAUCAAACAAUAUGAAAUCAAACUUAAAACAAAAGACGAAGAAAUGGAAAAAUUAAAUGAAGAGUUACUUAUGCUCCAAAAAACACAUCAUUACCAACAGAGUAACAUGUUGUUAGAAAAAAAAGCAAUUGAAUCUCUAGAAAACCAGAUUAAAAAGAUUAAUGAAGAUCACAGCAUUGCUCUUCACGAAUUAAAUACCACUCAGCUUUUGAACCAAAUGUUACAGGCAAGAGUAAAGGAGUUGCAGAGAUGGCAAAACAACAUUGAAGUUGAUUUUUUUAAAUAUAAGGACAACUUAAGUCCACAUCAAAUGAUUGAAGAAAAUCUGAAAUCACGUGACAAAUUUUUUACUGAUUGCUUGGUACAAGUGAAAGAAAAAAUUUCUAAGUUUAAUGAUAACUCUAACAACAACCUUAAAGAAUAAAAUAACAUUCAAUUUAAUGGACUGAUUAGUAGUAUUACGCAUCCUUCUUAUCAGCAAUUAUUUAAAAUAUAUUAUGGCAAGAUGGAUUACUGUGCGCAAAAAAGUCAAAUUUAAUUGUUUGGUUUUCAAACAUUGUUAAUUUAGAGAUAAAACUUGUAAAUAAAAUAGUGUAAAUACAUAUUUAUUUUUUCAAAUUAUAUUAAUUUUUUUAAUUGUAUGUAAAAGGAGUAAAAAAUAUGAAA